AAUAAGAAAAAGACCAAAUAACGAGACGAACAAUCAACAAUACGAACUACAAAAAUUUAUUAUUAUUUUUUUUACAAUCUAAAUCACAUAAUACGCGAGCAAAUCCAAUUGCCACUCGAUUGGAUCAACAAGAUUUACGAGCAAUAUAAUCAGAGCGAUCAUUGUAAAAAGUAGAGGACAAAAACAAAGAAAAACCACUGCGAGAAGAAGAAGAAGCAAAAAUAUUUCGUAAGUGAAGUGGAUACGUAAAAAUAUUUUGUGAUAGAAAAUCGACGAAAAAAGAGACCCCGAAAAAGACAACGUUGACAGCGCCAUAGAGACCCCCAUUGUCGGUAGUCGUUGGAUCUAGUGUGUGAGUUUUUCAAGAUAAAGAGUGUGGCGAUUGGUCAACGGCGGCACAGCAAACAAAUAUUAAAGUGAAACAAUAAAGACCCCAGUGUCAUCAGAGUACGUCAAAGUGGUACGUGAUAAAAUGCAAAUGUAGAAAAAAGUUUCUCUGGUCUAGAGAACGGCUAACGAUUCACGCAACCAUUGGGCCAACCAGGCAAACAAAGGCCAUUACAAGUGGCCAACAUACAGGGCUCCAAAGAAAACAUCUUGAGCAGCAAAGAAUCUCAUCUCAUGCAUUUUCUGUGGCAGCAACGAUCCCGGCUGUGUUUUCGUUGUGUUUUGCGUGCGGAUAAUAGAAAACAAGAUUUCAUCUUUGGCCCCUACAAAAGGGGGCCAGAUCCGGGAGAAAUUCGUUAAGGAUUCCAAUUUGAGUAAAUAAUAUGAAUGGGUGCUGCUGAUGUUUUCAGCCCCUUCAUAUAAUAAGUUGCCACACUUUUUUGUUUUUAUUAAUUAAAAAUUGAUGCUCCCCCUCAACAGUGACCCAAACACAAACACACACAAAGAGAAAGAGAAACGUCAAAAAAGGGGGUCAUUCAUUCUGCGUCUUUCUAAUUGGUGCUUACAUACCGAACAUACGGACACACACGUCCCAGUUCGGCUAGUGACCGCAAAAACAAAAUAAAUUUUGCAAAACAUUCGCCUAAAUUGCAUUCAUCCCAUGUGUCAAAUUUCCCCCACACCCAAUCGGAAAAAGAGGUGAAAAUAACAACAAUAGCUAUCAAAAGCUCAUCGCAAUUAUACAACAAAGAAAUAACUAAAAAAACAACAAAGUCCCCCAAAAACUGUUAACUAACAAAGAGUUGUGCCACCAUCGUCAACUGCAUUGAUCCAAACAUCGAGCCCUACGAGCAACGUGUUUCAAUAUCGGUUAAACAGCAUUAAUAAGUAACAACAAUACAAUUGUGUGGCAUUUUAUCAGUUAUUCGGGACAGACAGAGAACCCACAACGACGUCACUUUCAUUCUUAAUUCACUACGGGCUGUUGUUGUGAUUUGUGUUGCUAGUAUUCUCCUGUUCUCGCUUCAACAUCAUCAGCAUUGUCGUCGAAUAAUAAUACAAACACCCCACCGCCGCCGCCCCAACCGACCGCGUGUUUUUUCUUUACAUUGUUUUAUUCAUUUUCUCUCGAUAUUAUUUUUUCUGUUACCUUGUAUCGGUUCGUGCGCUGUCGCCGCUGAGUCGUGUGUUUUGUUGUGUGUGAUCUUGCCAGUGAAAAUUUUUUUCGUGAAACUAAAAAAUCAACGAUUUUUUUAGGUUUCCCUCGAAAAAAAUUCUCCAAACAAAGAUCCUGCCCACAACCGAACUGACCCUCGUCGUGCUGCUGCUAUAACGCCGUUCCACCUUGAAUGGAAGAGCUAUGAACCUAGACCAUCUGAAAUUGACGCUGACGCAGAUUGGUAAUUUGGUCAAACAUUUAAAUAAGAAAAAUUUUGCUGAAACAACUGAGAAUCUAAAUAAGUUAAUUGAGGAAUUUGGCUUAGAAGCGGAUCGUCAUUGUCUGCGUUGUCUAUUUGCGAGCAUCAGUUUUAAUGACCCAGCAUUAACGUCAACCAACUCACCAUCAACGUCAUCAUUAUCGAACGUUCAACAACAACAGCUUUUACUAGCGAAACUUUUACAAAUCCAAUUGGAACUACAGCUGAACAAGGCAGCGCAUAUAUCGAAUAUUUGCUUUGCCAUUGAUAAUUGUUGGAUCCAGCAAAAGAGUCUUAACAAAUCCACAUUUCCUGCACAUUUUAUAAGUCAACUUGUUCGAAUAACUGGCAUAAAUAAAUUGUGUGAAUGUGUUGUUAGUCUAUCGCUGACCCACUCAUCACAUUCAGAUUUGCGGAUUUGUGCUCGUGACCAACUGCGAAAAGCCUUGCCUGAACUUAUCGAAUCGUAUUUGGGAAAGAACCAACAAUCGGCUGCUGUUAUAAGUAGUUUGCAUGACGCGUCCUUGGACCUAAUACAACUUUUGCUGACCUGCUUGGAUGUAUAUGUGGCCGAUAAAAAUUUGCGUCAACAAUUCUUACAGAAACUAAGGGAGGAAUUUCCCCGAGAACGUGUACCACUCAUUCUAGCUCCAUAUUUGUAUGUCGCUCCCACAUCCUCUUUUGAUUUGGAAACAUCAAGCGGUGAUGAAUUGGUAGUGUCAUCAUCACGAACGAAUCCAACAAUCGACCACACCAAUGGAUCCGUAUCGGAAGUACCCAUAGAAGAGAUCUAUGAUAAUUUGUGCGAAAACAUAUUUUCCCAACACGCCUACAAUAAUAUUAUGGACACAUCUUGGAUUAAUUUAAUCCUUGAAAUCGGUUAUGAGUUCACUUCAAGUGUUGAAGAAUGUAAAAAUCAUCUACGCAGUGGUGGGUCAACGGCCAAUAAUGCCGCUGCUGGUGCUGGAACGGGGGCUGCUGGUAAUGCCAGCAAUAAUGCCUCCGGCGGUGGAGCAUCAGGCCAACCGCGGGAUUUGCAGCCUCAAGAUGUGGCCAAAAUCAUAGGUCUUAUGUGCCGUCGUCACACCUCUUUGCUGGAUUGCAAUGUAAAUUUACCAACGGCAGCCAAUUUUUGGCCUCAGCAGCCGGGUGCCCAAAACAAUCCCCAACAACAACAGCAGAAUGCCAGCAAUAACAACAAUGACAACUCAACCGGUAACACGGAUAAAAGCAAUAAUGGCAACGACAAAAAGGAUAAACCUACGGUUGGCAGUAACUCGGCUGGAGGUACAGGCAGCACGGACACAACACAGGCCUGGAAACCAGAUGUAUUUGUGCAGGCCCUCAAAGAAGUAGUACCUCAAUUGAAUUGGAAGGAAGUCGGCCUGGAACUUGAUCAUCCCGAAUUCAUAAUAAAAGAUCGCAUUGGUCUUGAUCUGCUGUUGACCAUAUUCCGUUUGGCCACACAGUCAAAUCUAUUUCCCCAUCCAGAUUGCAUUUAUCGUCAUUGGCAAAAUGUCGAAGGACAGUUUUCUCUCAUUGCUGUGAUGCUAAAGAAUCCCGAUCUCUUUUCGUUUGCCGAUCAUAUAUACACACCCGCUCCCGUUGAGAUGUUGAAGACACCUCCCGAUAAUGACAACAAGGAAGUGUGUGCAUGGAAAUCUCUGCAUUUGGUUGAAGUGUUGUUGUACAUAGCUGAACAUGGUUUAUAUGCUCAAGUUCAUGAAUUAUUGAAAUUUCCAGCCCAACAUUGUCCAGAUGUAUUAUUCCUUUCAUUGCUGCACAUAAAUCCUCCCCUCACAGCCCUGCGGCAGGAACUAUUCAAUCAACUAAUCCCUACAUUUUUGGCCAAUCAUCCAAAUUCUGGUGUGAUUUUGGCCAGUGCAUGGAAUUCUAAUAAUUUUGGCAUGACGCUACGUCCACUCAUUAUGCAUGCCAUGUCGGAGUGGUAUUUGCGCGGCACAGAAUACGAUCAAGUGAAAUUGUCAAGGAUUUUAGACGUGGCCCAGGAUCUGAAGGCUUUGUCGACACUGCUGAAUGCCCGCUCCUUUUUGUUUGUCAUCGAUUUGGCAUGUUUGGCUUCUCGCCGUGAAUAUUUGAAACUGGAGAAAUGGUUAAGUGAUAAGAUUCGUGAGCAUGGUGAGCCCUUCAUACAAGCUAUGCUGAAAUGCUUGCAAAGACGUUGUCCUCAAAUAACAAAUGCAAAGAUUCCUGAUGACCAAUUACCUCCCAAACAAGCCCAACUGCCACCCGAGACUGUGAACACCAUGCUGUCUUGCCUGCAGGCCUGUAUUGGCAAUGUACCCCACGAAAUAGCUGAGCUGAUAAUGCAAAUGUCUGCAAACUGUUCCAUUAUGGCCAACAAGGCUCGAGCUGCUGCAGCAGCGGCUGUGCAGCAAGGUCCCUUGGUACCCAAUCAGAGUGCACUACGUGGGCACCGGGGUUUGGAUAUGGGUGCCGCCGGUGUAGGUGGAGUUGGCGGAGUUCCCGGCGGUGUUCCACCACCUUUUUCUGCCAAUUUAAAUGCUCAACAAAUGUUUGGACCCACAAUGGAUACUCUGUCGAAUCUGACUACAAAUAUAGCUGGCCUAAAUUUAGGUGGUCCCAAUGGAGCCUUCAACUUUGGCAAUGUUCUGAACAAUUUAGUUUCAACACCAGCAUCACCAUCUCGCCUUAUGAAUCCAGCCGCUGCCAGUCCAUAUCCAAUGAAUCCCAUGCAAAUGCCUGCACCACCACCCACUGUCGGUGGAAUUGGCAGAAUGCCACCAGCAGCGCCACAGCCCACUCCAACACCGCCAAAUCCUAACAAUGCUAUAAUGCCAGAUUUCCAAGGACCUGUUUCCAAGGAAAUCGAAGAUGAAGCCAACUCAUAUUUCCAGCGUAUUUACAACCAUCCACCGCAUCCCACACUAUCCAUAGAUGAAGUACUCGAUAUCCUACAGCGUUUCAAGGAAUCCAAUAAUCGGCGGGAACAAGAAGUCUACCAAUGUAUGCUGCGCAAUCUCUUUGAAGAGUAUCGUUUCUUUGACCACUACCCAGAAAAGGAAUUGCAAAUAACUGCCCAGUUAUUUGGUGGAAUAAUUGAACGUAAUUUGGUUCCCACUUUUGUGGCAUUGGGUUUGGCUUUGCGUUGUGUACUAGACGCUCUGCGGAAACGCGAAGGUUCAAAGCUAUACUACUUUGGUAUAACGGCAUUAGAUCGCUUUAAGACCCGACUACAUACCUACAACAAAUAUUGUGAAUAUAUACGUUCGAUUCCACACUUUAAAGACUUCCCUCCACAUUUGAUACAAUAUGUGGAGUAUGGAUAUUUGGGUCAGGAGCCUCCAGCUAAGCCCAUGUUGAUGGGAGCUGGAGCAGCUGGUCAACAACCUCCAGAUUCAAUUUAUCGUAGUAACUCAGUAACAGGGAACAUUGUUACCACACCCACUCAACAGAAACCAAUGGUUGUGGCACAUACGGCCCGCAUGAAAUCCAUUGCCACUGCCACAAAUAUCGAUACUCUGUUGGUGGCCAAUCAGGAGGAAAAGAUCACAGUACCGCCCGAGGCCAUUCAAGAUAAGACUGCCUUCAUUUUCAAUAAUCUAAGUCAGCUAAAUAUUCCGCAGAAGGUUGAGGAGAUCAAAGAUAUAAUGACCAAGGAAUACUGGCCCUGGAUGUCGCAAUAUUUGGUGCUCAAGAGAGCUUCCAUGGAAUUUAAUUUCCACACACUUUACUUUAAUUUCCUGGAGGCAUUGAUGAAUCCGGAGAUCAAUAAAUACGUGACCAAAGAAACUAUACGAAACAUCAAGGUCUUGCUACGCUCUGACAAAGGUGUGGUCAAUUUUUCUGACCGCAGUCUGCUUAAAAAUCUUGGUCACUGGUUGGGUAUGAUGACUCUGGCACGUAACAGACCCAUUUUACAAAUUGACUUGGACUUAAAGUCACUCCUUGCCGAAGCCUAUCACAAGGGCCAACAAGAGUUACUGUACGUUGUGCCGUUUGUGGCCAAAAUCUUAGAAUCUUCUGCAAAGUCGAAGGUCUUCAAAUCGCCCAAUCCUUGGACUAUGGCAAUUAUGAAUGUUUUGGGUGAAUUGCAUCAGGAACCUGACUUGAAGUUAAAUUUGAAAUUCGAAAUAGAAGUGUUGUGUAAAAGUCUCAACAUUGACUUGAAUAAACUCAAGCCAGUCAUAUAUUUGAAAGACCCAGCCCGCUAUGCCAUGAUUGAGAGUCAAAUGGCCCAGCCAAAGCCAAAAGCCAUAGAGGCAGGUCCCUCUCAGCAACAACAACAGCAGCAGCAACAGCAGCCACCACAGCCGCAGCAACCAACCCCCACUCCACCUCACCAACAUCCCAUGAUGUCAGAGGCCGAUGCUCAAGCUAUGAUGAUGGCCAAUUCAGGUGGACCCGGAGGAGUGGUUCCAGGUGGCAGCAUACCAUCGCCCAGCAUUCCUCAAGAUCAAGUCGGUUCCAUGAUGAUGCCCGCCCCAGAGCCACGUUUCUCCUACGUAGACAUCAAUGUAACUAACUUCCAGUUGAUUGCCCAGCAUGUGGUUCUAUCACCAAACGUUGCUUUUAUUCAUGUCAACCCCACCGUCAAGCACAUGGUUUUAAAUGCCAUUGAGAGAACCAUUACCGAAUGGCUACAACCGGUUGUUGAUCGUUGUGUGCGCAUUGCCGCCUCCACCACAGAGCAAAUUGUGCGCAAAGAUUUUGCUCUCGAUCCCGAAGAGCAUCGUAUGCGCACUGCUGCCCAUCAAAUGGUACGUAAUUUAGCCGCUGGCAUGGCUAUGAUUACCUGCAAGGAUCAGAUAACGCAAACCCUCAACAAUAACCUGCGUAAAGCCUUUAUGUCCGCGUUGCAAGGACCACCUUCAUUCCAAGAAAUCGAAGGAGCCUCCAUACAGCUAACCAAUGACAAUGUUGAAUUGGCAUGUGCUUUCAUACAGAAGACAGCUGCAGAAAAGGCAACCCCAGAGGUUGACAGGCGUUUGGCUGCUGACUUUGAGACCCGUAAAAUGGCCCGAGAGGAGAAUAGCCGUUACUUUGAUGCACAAACGUUGGCUUACCAGUCGGAACGUUUACCCGAACAGGUUCGCUUGAAAGUGGGCGGAGUGCCACCAAAUCAAUUUGCCGUGUAUGCCGAGUUUGCUCGUAACAUCCCAGGAUUCCAGAUAAUGAGCGAUCGUGAUAUAGCAUUAUUCCUACCCAAACCACAGGAAAUGCCUCCCACCUUCCCAACCGAUGAAAUGGGACUCAUGUACGCCGAGCUGGCCAGCAAAAUGGAGGCAUUCCUCAACAGCUGUGUAAGCAACAACAAUCUGCAACUACAAGCUGGUAAAAUGCAUGCCCUACUCAAUGCCCUGAUGGUCACCAGGCGCAUACGGGACAACGAUUCAGCCCUCAAUCUGUUGACACGUUGCGUCGAGGGCUUCGUUGAAGGUCUGAUCAACAUACCCGAACAUGUGGAGCAAAUGAAACUCUACCGCGACAUACACUUGCGCAUUCUGACUCUGCUGCAAAAUACUUUUGGAGCCCCAGCAACCGAACGCGCCAUUACCAAGUGUAUCUUUGAUAUACGUGAAGAGGCCCGCUACAAUGUGGAGGCCAUCAAAUUGUUAAUCACCUCACAUUUUAUAAAUGUGCCACAAUUCGAUAUGCUGCUGCGCGAGUCGAUGGAUAACGGCAACAACUUUUUAGCUGUCACCUUUGCUAUUACGCUCAUGGAACGUUUACUCACCGAUGAACGUUCCACGUCGAUUAUUGCCGAAACCGAGUUAUUGGUUACCAUCGAAAUGUUGAGCCGCUUGACGCAACAUCGUCACCGCUACCCCGAGGCCCUGUCACAUAUGAUCGAUAUGCUCUUUGGCAGCAGCAACACCAUGGAUGCAGGAACAUUUGGUGCUGUAACAGACCGUUACUUGGCCGGAGCAACACAAUACAUACACUCGGGAAUGCAACAUGUAAGGUCAAAUGAUUGUGAUGAUCCUCCCGGUCUGCAGGAGAAAACAGAAUUCCUACUCAAAGAUUGGGUAUCCAUCUAUUCACAAUCGCACAAUCUGUCGCGUGAAACCAAGAACUUUGGCUCAUUUGUACAGAAAAUGAAUAUGUAUGGCAUUCUGAAGACAGAUGACCUGAUUACACGAUUCUUCCGCCAGGCAACCCAGUUCUGUAUGGAUUUGGUGUAUCGCAUUCUCAACGAUCCAACCCAUACUCCCGUGCAGGCAAAAACCAAAAUUUUCCAUUGGAUAGAUGCUUUUGUGCAUUUGAUUGCUUUGCUGGUGCGUCACUCGGGCGAGACGGGCAAUCACACCACAAAAAUUAACUUGCUUAACAAAGUGUUGGGCAUUGUCUUGGGCAUUCUGUUGCAAGAUCAAGAAGUCCAUUGCAGUUCAUUCCAACAGCUGGGAUAUCAUCGCUUCUUUGUUAUGCUGUUCCUUGAGCUGAGCUCACCCGAUGCUGUUUUGGAAUCUCUUAUGCACAGUAUUGUUACAGCCUUUUCGCAUACGUAUCAUCUCCUAAAUCCUGCAUUGGCUCCGGGAUUCUGUUAUGCCUGGUUGGAGUUGAUCUCACAUCGUAUCUUCAUCGGACGUAUCCUGGCCCAAAUACCCCAGCAAAAGGGUUGGCCACUCUAUGCCCAGUUACUCUUGGACCUGUUCAAGUAUCUGGCACCAUUCCUGCGGAAUGCCGAGCUAGCGAAGCCAGUACAGUUGCUGUAUAAAGGAACGCUGCGGGUUCUGCUUGUCUUGUUGCACGAUUUCCCCGAAUUUUUGUGUGACUAUCAUUUUGGCUUCUGUGAUGCCAUACCACCCAAUUGUAUACAAAUGCGUAAUAUCAUAUUGGCAGCUUUCCCACGUAAUAUGCGUCUACCGGAUCCAUUUACACCCAAUUUAAAGGUUGACAUGUUGGCUGAGACUGCAACAGCUCCAAAGAUCUGUUCCAAUUAUGUUAUGAACAUUCAACCGGCCAAUUUCAAAAAGGACUUGGAUUCAUAUUUGAAGGCCCGGGCACCGGUAACAUUCCUAUCGGAAUUACGUAGUCAUUUGCAGAUAUCAAAUGAACCUGGCUCACGUUAUAAUAUACCGCUUAUGAAUGCCCUGGUCUUGUACGUGGGUACCCAAGCCAUUGCCCACAUUAGGAAUAAAAACCUAAUACCCAAUACAUCGAAUGUUGCACAUAGUGCUCAUAUGGAUAUCUUCCAAAAUCUUGCUGUUGAUUUGGAUACAGAAGGCCGAUAUCUGUUCUUAAAUGCUAUUGCCAAUCAGUUGCGUUAUCCCAACAGUCAUACGCAUUACUUUAGCUGUGCCGUGUUGCAUCUAUUCGCCGAAGCGAAUUCCGAAGCUAUACAGGAGCAAAUUACUCGAGUGCUGUUGGAGCGUGUUAUCGUUAGUCGUCCACAUCCAUGGGGUCUAUUGAUAACAUUCAUCGAAUUGAUUAAGAAUCCCAUUUAUAAAUUCUGGGAACACGAUUUUGUACAUUGUGCUCCAGAAAUAUCCAAACUUUUUGAAUCAGUUGCACGUUCAUGCAUGGUUAAAUCCAAUCAUCCCCAACAAAUGAACAACAUGGUGGAUGAACAAACAGAAUGGCAUAUAGAACGAUAACUAACCACAAGAACCAUAAGAACGCCGCUCUAUCAACAGAACGCCGUCAACAACCACAAAUGCAACUACAAUACUAACAAGAAGAAAAAGAACAGCAACGCCAGCAAUAAAAGCAACAAGUUCAACAACACACCGUGAUGAUAAUGAUAAUGCGCUAAUGAUGAAGAUGAUAAUAAAGGAAUAAAGUAAAUGUUUCUUUUUUUAAGCUAAAGAUAAAACAAACGAUAUUUGCAUAUAAAAACCUAUAUAUAAAUAUAAAUAAUUGAUUUACGAAUUAAGAAUUUUUGCAACCGCAUCCUUCUACCCUUCUCUUCUCUUCUUUUUCUGAUUUCGUUUUAUUUUUAUGUGUUUUUAUUUCUUCCUUUACCCUCCAUUAUUUUAGUUCAUUAAUAUUAUAAUUAUUAUUAUUAAUUAAUAUACUUAUAAAAAACAAAAGAAAAUCUUAAAAAAUGAAAAAAAAAAUCAAAAAAAAAACAAAAAUUUUUUAUUAUUAAUAUUAAUUUUCUGUAAGUAGCUUAAUAUAUAAUUUGUUUGUGUGAAAAGAAACGAAAAGCAAAACAACAUUUAAAUUAAUUAAACAAAAGAGGAAAAAAAAACAAACUAAACAUUUGAUGUAUUAUAUAUAACAAGGAAUAUAAAAAAAAACAACCACAACAACAAUAAAACAAAAACUUUAAUAUUAAUCAAAAAAUAAUAUCAUUUUUGAACAAUGAAAACAAAAAAAAAAAAAAAAACAACUACCCAAUAAAUUUGUAAAGAAACCUGCUUUAUUGGAUAUUCGAAAAUAAUCAUCAAAUAACUUCUUACACAAAAUAACAAAAAUAAUAACAAAACAACAAUUGAAUAUAUUUUAAUAAUGUAGAAAGUUGAGAAACCCUGAAAUAAAAAUCGUGUAAAUAUUUACAUAAAAA